AGCUGUCACCGCCCCCUCCCGGUCGCACGGAACUCUCCCCGGCGCUCUUGUGGGCCUCUUCGGGACCAGACUCUGCUCGCCCAGAGGCUUUUCCCGCCUCCGGGCUGGUUGUGUCCUGGCCCGCGGUUCAUUCACCGGUCCGCGUGGGGCAAGCGAUUGCCGGCGGAAGCUCGAGCGUGCCGCCGCAUCUGUGGCGCGCGUGGGGCGUCCUGCGCUGGGACCGAGGCUGGCGAAAUCCUGGGUUGGGUGGGGGCGGCCAUUUGGGUUGUGCUGUGGUGAAUAAAACAUUUUUGAAAAGUUAAAGUAUCCAACCCCUUCCUCUGGCUGGUGCCCGCUUAGAAGCGUGGCUAGGUCGAGGCCAGCACCGCGCACUGCAGAGGUUGGUUUUGGUUGCCAGGCUGGGUCCGGUUUCAGAACCAGGUGUGUGUGGGGUUGGGAGGGUCACCUUCCGAGAAGGUGCUACAGGGUGUGGGGGAGGCUGAAGUGGGAGUAGCUGUGUAAGGAGGAAAGCUGGAGUUUUGCUCUGCUCCCCAAUGAACUUAAUAUAGACAAGUCGAUUCCCUUUACAUUUUAUGGACUGGUGUCGUUUGCAAAAAACUGACUUUUACAGUGAAAACUUUGUUGCGAAAACCUGCAUUUUAACAAAGCUACGUUAAAAAAAAGUAGGUGAUUUUUUUUUUGUCAUGGAAAACAAAUCAAAGGCUACCAAAAACCUACAAAAUUGAGCCAUCGAGUAGUACUCAUAAGAAAGUACCAAUGAAACCUAAAAAUUGUACUAAUUUAUUAUCAGCGUUAUCUUAUUUUGCAUGAGCUGUGGGUAGGGCUUUGAACUGGUGCAGUCAAACUUGGGUGAGGCAGAAUGAGAGAAAUUACGGGUCGAAGCCCUGGAAUGGGAGACUUGAAAUAGACAUAGUGAGCCCUUACAGGAGCCUGAUGCAGGAGAUUGGAUUAUUGCCAGGACUAUGGAGAGCCACACACAUUCAAAGUGGUGCAGUUGGCCUCCGUGUUUGAGCCACAUAGCUGUUUCCAAAUUAUGUGGUCAAGAGAUUUGGUGGUUAUGCAAUGUGCUUGCUGCCCUUGUUUUCUAAGAGGGGGAUUAAGUUUCUAGCAGGGCUAUGACCAGUAAUUUUUCCCAUUCUGCUUAUCGUUCCGUUUCACCUACAUUUUAAAACUUGGGGUUCAUUCAGGUUUUGCUUAGUUGGCCAUGACUGAACCAGGCAGAACUUGCUGGAAGCACUGGCUGUGGGUUGGUUGGACAGUUCUGCUAGUGUCCCCCAAUGGCUGAAUUUAGUGGUGACUGGACUGAAAGGCGGCCUCACACAUGUCUGGAUACUUGGCGCCCGUCCAUAUGUCUAGCUUGGGCUUCCUCGCAUGGUUGCUGGGCUCCAAAAGGACAAGUCCCAGUGUGCAAACACUUAAAAAGCUUUUGCUUGCAUCACAUUUGCUGGUGUCACAGCAAGUCACAUGGCCAAGCUAAGAGUCAGUGUGGGGAGAGUACAAAAGGGCAUGGUUACCAGGAGAUGUGAUUCAUUGGGGACCAUUAAUCUAUAAGCUACUACAGCAGCAAACCACAGUAGUUCUAGCAGUACCUAUCACCAGUAGAAGUCACAGUACCAAUGCCCAUUACAGUUGUUGCAGGUCUCAACAUAUCAUUUAUUCUCAUCACUACUUCAAAAUUACAGUAGUUGCAAGACCCACUGCUAGAUCUGUGUAUUUAAAGAGCUAAUAAAGAAGCACAUACACUAUAUCAGACAUUUAGAUUUUAAGAGUAUUUUUAUAAGUAUUUCAAUAUAAUCGGUAUUUUAUGCAAUUAGAAGCAUUAGAAGGGGUCUAUAGGGCCCAACAGACUGCCAGAGAUGUUCAUGGCACAAAAAAAGCAAGGAACCCUUGGAGUCUUCAGGGAGAGUGUCACAGAGGAGACAUUUAAAUUUAGUUUCGAAAGACAAGUAGGAGUUCUUCAGGUAGAUGAGCUGGAGAACAUCAUCAACAGUGGUACUCCAUCGGGGGAGGUGCGAGUGGCUCAGUUCUGCUUUGUCAAGGGAGACAUGCAGUGAACUGUAAUUGUUCCAAGUGAACAUAUAGUGUGAGUAGAAAAGAUCACAACAAACCUUGAACACCAAAAUGCAAGGAGUAGGCAGAGGAAGAGGGGAGACCAGAAAUGGAGUGGCAACUUUUGAGAAGUAGAAGUAGGAGCAGAAGAAAGCGAUGUUUAGAAAAUCAAGGGAGGGAGCUGCUAAUAAUGGAAAAUCUGACCGCUUAAAAUAAUAAAAUGAUCUCACAAAGUCCAGAGGAAAGGUUGACUCCAGGUUCAUUAUAAUGGGUCAACAGUGUCAUCAAGGACUCAGUCUCUUUUCUUGGCUUUCCACAGUAAAAUUGGUUCCCCUCACGGUGGCAGAAUGACCGACCAUAGCAUACAUGCUUUCUUAUUCAUUAGAAAAAGAAAACUUCCCUAAGCUUGGAUUAUGCCCGUCCUUACACAUGGAGUCUCCGUGGGUCAGAGGGAAUCAACCCCAUGGCAACUGGUAACUGUUCAGUCUGAUUGGACCAAUUUAGGUCAGGUGUCUGUUCCGGAACCAGUAGUAGAAUGUAGUGCUUUGAUUGGCUUAAUCAGGCUCAAUUCCUUGGGAUGGAGUCACUUUACCUUAAUCAUGAACAAAAUGGAGUGGUUAAGAGCUUGGCUGCUAACCAAAAGAUAAGCAGUUCAAAUCCACUAGCCACUCCUUGGAAACCCCAUAGGAUAGUUCUACUGUGUCCUGUAGGGACACUGUGAGUCAGAAUUGACUCGAAGGCAAAGGGGAAAGGGGUUGUGGUCUUUAUACUGAUGGAGUUGAAGGCUAGAUUAACAGGUUGGUGGCUGAGAAAAGAGUAAAUGGACACAAUGAUGGUUGAUAAGCUCGACUAUCAAGAGAAAGAGAAUAGGUAACUAGAGGGAGAUGUUGCAUCAGGGUUCUAGAGUUGUUUUUUUGUGGUUAAGAUAUUCUUCAGAAGACAGAAGAAUCGAUGCCUUUGAAUUAUGGCAUUGUCAAAGAAUAUUGACUAUACAGUGGACUGUCAAAAGAACGAACAAAUCUGUCUUGGACGAAGUACAGCCAGAAUGCUCCUCAGAAGCAAAGAUGGCCAAACUUCGUCUCACAUACUUUGAACAUGUUAUUAGGAGGGACCAGGCCUUGGAGGACAUCAUGCUUGGUAAAGUAGAGGGUCAGUGAAAAAAAGGAAGACCCUCAAUGAGAUGGAUUGACGCAGUAGCUGCAACAGUGGGGUCAAACACAGCAAGGAUUGUGAAGAUGGCCCAGGACUGGGCAGUGUUUCGUUCUGUUGUACAUACGGUCACUAUGAGUCGGGACUGACUCAAUGGCACCUAACAACAGUAACAAGAUAUUCAAGAUUUGGCAGUGUUUAUUGUCUAGGGAGGAGUGUGAAUCCCUUAGCUUUAAAGGGAGGAGAGAGAUUUCCUCCUGGGAGAUGGCAGGCAAGAGGAAGGGUGGGAUUUUAGACUAGUGGUUCUCAACUGAAGUGGUACCACCCACUUAGGUACGUUUUGGAAACCUGUGGGGUCGUUCUUAAGCAUGUGCUGAGCAUUUGUAUACUGAAAUAUAUUUCUUAUUAAAAAUCUUUUCUUUUGGCUCUCUUUUAUGUUACUGUCAAAUCAUACUGAUUUUUUUUUUUACUUACGUGUGUAGGUGGGUGAUGUUAUCUGUGAAUUUUGUUUCAGGAUGGCAAAAGAGUGUUACAUAAUAUUUGUCAUAAAAUGAAGGUGUUAGGUCUAGUAUGGCUGAGCACUGGUGCUUCUCAAACUUCAGUGUGCACACGACUCUUGUUAAGAUGCAAAUUCUGAUUCAGUAGGUAUGGGUUGAGGCAUCAGAUUCUCCCUUUUGUAACAAGCUCCAAGGUGAUGUAGGUGCUGCUGGUCCUGGAUCACACUUUUAAUAGCAAGCAUUUAGGUAAAUUGGUAGAUAGAUGGUUUCUAGUUAUUUUCAACGUGGUAGUUUUAUGAAUGAGGUGGGGUUUGGAAGAGGCAGCUGACCAAGGAACAAAAAGAUAGGCAAGAGGCUUUGAGGACUCUGCUGAGAGUUGCCACGGCAGGCCUGUGCUGAUCCUGAAUGAUUGUAGCCUGCAAGUGGGGAUGGAGCAAAUAGUAGGAUGAUCUGGUUUGAGAGUUAACAGCUUGGGUCAACUAGGAUUGGAGGGCAAAAGACUUAAGGGUAUACAGAUUUUGUUUGAAAAAGUAUAGCAUGUGUGACUAACUGUAACCGUUGUUUUAACUAUUCAUCUUCAGGUCAGUAGGGGGCACCAGUGGAUAACAAAACACGUUUGAAAAUCUGCCCAGUAUUUGUUUUCUAUCUUAGGAAGCAUAUUUUCAGUGUGCUGUUGCAGGAAGCUUGAAUAUUGAGUACAUACACCGAGUCCGCAGAUUCACACCGCUAGAUUUUGUUCGUUACACAGAUGUUUAUCAUGGUCCAGCUGUGGGUUGCGCCCUGCGCUAGACACUGGGGUGUUUAAAUGCAAAGACCCAGCCCUUAUCUAGGGAAGAGUUCCUUAAUUUGACUACACAUCAGAAUUUUUUGAGAAGUUAAGUGGUUUCCAGGGCCCUGCCCAUGUAUCUGAUUUAGGGUUUAGGUGGGGUCCAGGAACCUCUAGUUUUGAAAAAGCUCCCCAGGUGAUGGUGAAACCUUUGUUUCGGGAGCUCACAGUGGUUAGCGGCACAGACAUAAACAGUCGAUUACUGUACGGUGGGAUAAGUGCUCUGAAGUUCAGUAAAAGGUGCUGGGGAAAUCUAGAGCAGUGGAUCACAACCUCAACUGCACGUUAAAUUCACUUAGGAACUUUUAAACGUCUCUACACCCAGGCUGCACCCCAGAUGAAUUACAUCGGAAUCUCUACGGGUGGAUCUAGGCCUCGAGUGUUGAGAGCGCCCGAUACUUAGAACAUGCACCUAACCUUGAGAACCACUGACUUAGAGGAAGGAGCACCAGCAGGGGGCAUCAGAAAACUACAGAGAAGAAAAUACUUGCACUGACCUUAGAAGGUAAUGCAGAGAUCCAUGGGACUGGCCAGCCUGAGUUUGCUCACCUUUAAAGUCUAUGCGUCACCAAAGAAGGACUCACCCAACAAAAAUUCCGUCAAGGUUGAUGAGCUUUCACUCUACUCAGUUCCAGAAGGUCAAUCUAAAUAUGUGGAGGAGCCAAGGACCCAACUUGAAGAAAACAUUUCACAGCUCCGACACUAUUGUGAGCCAUAUACAAGUUGGUGUCAGGAAAAGUACUUCUACACUAAGCCCAAGGUGCAAAGUAUUGUUCAGUGGGGUAUAGACAACUAUGAAUAUCUCCAAAAUGCACCUCCUGGAUUUUUCCCAAGACUUGGUGUUAUUGGUUUUGCUGGCCUUGUUGGACUCCUUUUCGCUAGAGGUUCAAAAAUAAAGAAGUUGAUAUAUCCACCUGGUUUCAUGGGAUUUGCUGCCUCUGUCUAUUAUCCACAGCAAGCCAUCAGCUUUGCCCAGGUCAGCGGGGAACUACUAUAUGACUGGGGUUUGCGAGGCUACAUAGUCAUAGAAGAUCUGUGGAAAAACUUUCAAAAGCCAGGAAAUGUGAAGAAUCCACCCGGAAAUAAGUAGAAUAUGACUUGCUCUGACCGUUUAAUCAGCUAUAGGUAAACAUUGGAAACUCCAUACAGUAAAUCAGUAUUUCUCCAGAAAAAUGGCAGAGAAGUCAGCGUCGAAUGUAGUAAAUUGGCUUUGUUCUUCAGGAAAAGCUACGCCUUUCUUUAUCUUGGGUGAUGCCAUAUUAUAAGUGGACUAACCUGGAACCUUUUCACCUAGAGAUAAUGUACAAGCCUUAGAACUCCUUGUUCUCAUGUUGCUAUUUAUGUAUAUAAUUAAAAUUCCAAGUUAAAAGAAAACUCGUCCUGCUUUCUUUUCUGAUAUUAUUGAGUAAUGUUUUAAGCAUAUCUUGUGUCCCUGUGUGGGGUGCGUAUGAACGCAUGGUUUGUGUUCAUGGUGUGAGUAUCUGCGUAUGCAUAUGUGUGUGGUGUGUGUGUGUAUAUGUGGGAUUUGUGUGUGUGGUAUGUGUGGGUGUAUGUGGGGUUCAUCUGUGUGCUGUCUCUGUGGGUGCAUAUGUGUAAAAAAACCCAGCUAUAACUCUUCUUAGGUUUAUAUCAGCGGGUGGUCUGUAGGAGCAAGGUUGUCUGUAGAGUCCAGGCCCCACAACAGAGUAGAGAAGAGUGGCCCUGGAGCUGAGAGACAAUGCUUCCAUAACCAGCACAAGGAACAAAACGUGUAAGUAAUAUAGUUUACCUGACUCUGAUUAGAAGACAUAAAAGAAAACAGUGACAGUGAUCGUGAUCCCUUGUUGUGUGCCCUCCCCAUCUAGUUUGUACUUAUCUUCUGGUACUUGAAUGCCAGUGGAAGAUUCAUAAUGAAGUAGUAUAUGUCCUCUGCCAGUGGAAAAAUAGGUAUAUGGUUGUGUAUGUUUGUUCUCUGUAUGUACACCUUGUAUUCUCCUCCUUUUUGGCCCCUGAAUGUACAGCUCAUUGAGCUCUGCAUUCCCAGUGCUGGUGGAAACAGCAGGAGCCUUUAACUUGUCAACCAGCCAGGAAGGAUGGCAGGGGAACAGUAUGCGAGAGACGGUUCAGAAUUUCCAAAUUCUAAGCAUAUUUGGAAAUUGUAAAUCUUUGUGUUCUUGUGUCUUCAAUUUAAUUCCUAAUUAUUGACCUUAUAGAAUUGAUAGCAGUCUCUAAGAGAGCAGUACACAAAUAGAACAUGGACACAUUAAUGUUAAUACAUUCGACAUAAUCAAAAUGGUAGAAACAGUGCCGGCAUUGUUAUUGAAGUAAUAAGUUGAAGCAAAUUUGUCCCUAGAACAAUCCUUCCAGUCACACCCAAGAGUGUUUUAUUUCCUUUCAUGCUGAAAUACUUUUGUGUUUUUGUACCAUUCUAAUAUUAAAAAAAAAAAAUAUUUUAAAGCUGUGCCUAAAUUACAACAUUUCAUUGUCAAUAUUCUAUUAUUAUUUUAGGUUUUUUCCAUUUGGCUUGGCUUCCAACAUUACCUCCAGAAAGUAGAGAUUCCAUGAGUUUACUUGGUCUUGAGAUUACUUGAUCUUAGAAAAGAUUAAGAAGAAAUAGCCUACACCUCCAUGUGCUCUGGACAUCAUCAUUCAGUACUCCGUGUAAGAUUCCUGCUUCCGUGCUGCCUUGAUGAGAGUGUAGAGAACAGGUGGAAGAAAAAAGGCAAAGAUGGAGGAAAAUACAAGAUGCAAAGACUGCUCCCCACACUCCAAAGUGAAGUCAUGGUGAGUCCUUCGAAUGCUUAGAUGAUGCAAUACUGGAAUUUUUAUUAGGAGUGACCCCCAAAUUGAGUGUGGUCAAAGGGAUGAUUUUUAAAUGCUUCGCUGCAGGGAAAAUGGCAGCUUUUAACUAUUAGACAUCUAGUUUGUCUUCCAUAUCCCUUCUAAAUUGUGAGGAAAUGGCCUCCAGGUAAAGAUUGUGUCUGAGUACAGACAUUACUUUCUCCCGAAAGCCCAGGAGGACAAGAGGAAGGGAUUUUUAAGACAAUGGGACUCUUGUUUUUUUGUAAUAGACUUGGCAGAACUGUUUGGCUCCUUAAACCCUGUUCCUUUAUAACAUUGAAACAGGUACAAAUAAAGCACAAAUUGUAAGAAAAGCAAGGAAGUUAAUAUUAAAACGCUCAUAUUUACCUUGUGAGCUUUGGCUCCAUGUGUCCACUGGGGCCCUUCCUGUAAUUAAUGCAUAGAAUGCGUUUGUGCAAGUUUUAUAGUGUGUCUUUGUGUCUAUGGCAUUUUGUUAGUCAUAUCGCUGAUUGGUUUUCUGAACCCUUUGUCAGGAAUGCAACCUCCAGUUAUAAUAUUACUUAAGAGGGAGGCUGUGAUCUGUUUCAGACCAUGUUUCUGGGGGUUGACGUCUUUUGUGAAGAAAGGCAAAGACCGCUUUGUAUAUCGUAUUGGUAACUUCGCUGAUGCUGGGAGCCUUGAAGGGGCAGUGAGGCUUCCAGACCUUUCUUGCUUCAUAUUCAUUCCACACACUUGCCUCCUGUUUGAGAGGGUGGGGAGGAGAAAACGUCUCCUUUCUGCACUUCCUGCCUAUCUCAUCAAGCAAACGUGCCUUCGUUUUCUACUCCUCACUUUGUGUUACUGGCUCUUUGUGGUCCUGCUGGCUUAAAGAUGCUUAAGUUAUUACUAAUAGAUUCUUUGUGUGAUUGCUGUUUUCUCCGUGGGCACCUUCUGUUCUUACUCAUUUCUAGACAGGAUAUGAGAUUUAGGAAAAGCUUAUAUACUUUCAAAACCUUUUAAACUUAUUUAUGCUCCUAAUGAGCUCACCAUUGCCCUUACCUUUCUGAGGACCUAAAUUUUCAGACAUGAAAACCUUUUCUCUCUGAAUGCCUAGAUUAUUUUCUAGAUUUUUUAGGGCUUUGUGUGUGUUCUAUCCUUGUUAGUUGACACCUGGUCUCCUCUAGUAGACUAUAAUCUCCCUGAGGCCAUGGCAAGUGUCAUUUUUCUCCUUAGUGUUCCCACAGUGCCAACUUAAUGUGCUGCCUCAUACAUUGCAAAAUGUGUGCUGAGUGAAGUCUUUACAUUUCAAAAUUGCAUUAAGUUUCUAUUUCAGUCAGAGCCCUUGGAGGAUACCUAUGGGUGUUUGAUUUGUUUGAUUGCCACUGACUUCAGAGUGCGUUCAUGAUUUUCAAGUCUGAAAACUGUGGAGCUUGGGGUAGGUGCUCCCUAACAGCCUUGAAUCUCUGACUCUUCCCCCUUAGAUUUGUUAAGCUAGCUAAUCUGUUAUGGUGGGCAGGGAGGAGAAAUACAGCUUACAGUUCAGAUUCAAAGACAAAACAAGUACAUGAAACAAUCAAAAUAAUUACAGGGCAGCGUCGUCAUAAUGUACAAAUUAAAUAUCUCUGAUAGAUACUGGCUUUGUAUAUAGGUCUCGUGUAAAGAAGCAGCCAAGAACAUUUGUUUAAAACACGAACUUAGUGUACAUAAACAAUGGUUUUACAUUUUUUGUGUGGUGUUGUUGUGUGGUGUGGAGUCGGUUCCAACUCAUAGCGAUCUCACGUACGACAGAACAAAACACUGCCCAGUCCUGCACCAUCCUCACAGUCAUUGCUAUGUUCGAGCCCAUUUUUGCGGCCACUGUGUCAAUCAAUCUUGUGGAUGGUCUUCCUCUUUUUCGCUGACCCUCCACUUUGCCAAGCAUGAUGUUCUCGGUCUUCCUCUUUUCCACAGACCCUCUACUUUACCAAGCAUGAUGUCCUUCUCCAGGGACUGGUCCUUCCUGAUAACAUGUCCAAAGUAUGUGAGACAAAGUCUCGCCAUCCUUGCUUCUAAGGAGCAUUCUGGCUGUACUUCUUCUAAGACAAAUCAGCUCCUUCUUCUGGCAGUACAUUCAAUAUUCUUUGCCAGCACUAUAAUUCAAAGGCAUCAAUUCUUUGGUCUUCCUUAUUUAUUGUCCAGCUUUCACAUGCAUAUGAGGCUAUUGAAAACACCAUGGCCUGGGUCAGGUGCACCUUAGUCCUCAAAGUGACAUCUCUGCUUUUUAACAUUUUAAAGAGGUUUUUUGCAGCAGAUUUGCCCAAUGCAAUACAUCGCUUGAUUUCUUGAGAGCUGCUUCCAUGGGAAUUUUUUGUGUACACUGACUUUUUUAGGUAAGGAGAGUCGUCAAAGAAAACAAGCCUGGUCAAACAAGGGACAUUGCCUUUGGAUGGAUGAUUUUACUGAGUUAGGACCUAACUUGUGCUUUCCUUGUGUAAUCACUGGUUUUUCCUUGCAACACCUCUGUCCCCAGCAAGUCCUGUGGGACUAGCCCAGGCUUGGGCUUUUGGGGCACCCUUGAUGUAUUUCUCUAGCUUAUUAAUGUUAUCGUAUAUAGAAAACAUUUAAUGUCUUAUUUCUUUCAAGUAUGGAUUGGAAUUAAACGCCUGGCUAAGAAUAGUGUUUGUUUAGAUCCUGCAGGCUCUGCUGUAAUUAAUAAACAAACAAACAAAAAAACCAAACCCAGUGCAAUUGAGUCGAUUCCAACUCAUAGCGACCCUAUAGGACAGAGUAGAACUGCCCCAUAGAGUUUCCAAGGAGCACCUGGUGGAUUCAAACUGCCAACCUUUUGGUUAGCAGCUGUAGCACUUAGCCACCAUGCCACCAGGGUUUGCUGUAAUUAGCAUAUAUGUUUGAUUUACAAUUAAUACCAGUUUGCAGAAUAUGGUAUGCCACUGUCCUUUAAAUAUCUCUUAAGUAGCUUAUGCAUGCUACCAUACAAUAUUUGCUAUAGAAAACAUGAAAAUUUUUAUUCAUAGGUAAGAUAAACUUCAAUUCACUGAAAUUAUGAAUUCAGAAUAUUAAUAUUUUACCAAAUUUGAGUGUUUACUUAAGUAAACUUAAAAUUAGAACUUAAGUGAGUGACAUGGCCUCUGUGUACACAAAGUACUUGACACAGCAGGCCUGAGACAGCUGCCUUCAGAAGAUUUCAAAGGGAGGAUCGAGAAAACAAAGUAUUAUAGUGACAUGUGCAAAGACCUGGAAUUAGAAAACCAAAAGGGAAGAAGAGGCUCGGCAUUUCUCAACCUGAAAGAACUGUAGGAAAAAUUCAAGCCUCGAGUUGCAGUAUUGAAGGAUCCUACAGGGAAAAUGUUAAAAGACGCAGGAAGCAUCAAAAGAAGAUGGAAGGAAUACACAGAGUCACUGUACCAAAAAGAAUUGGUUGACAUUCAGCCAUUUCAGGAGGUAGCAAAUGGUCAGGAACCAAUGGUACUGAAGGAAGAGGUCCAAGCUGCACUGAAGGCUUUGGGGAAAAACAAGGCUUCAGGAAUUGAUGGAAUACCAGUUGAGAUGUUUCAACAAACAGAUACAGCUCUGGAAGUGCUCACUCAUCUAUGCCAAGAAAUUUGGAACAUAGCAACCAGGGCAACCGGCGGGAAGAGAUCCAUGUUUAUGCCUAUUCCCAAGAAAAGUGAUCCAACCGAAUGCAGAAAUUAUCAAACAAUAUCAUUAAUAUCACACCCAAGUAAAAUUUUGCUGAAGAUCAUUCAAAAGCAGCUGCAGCAGUACAUUGACAGAGAACUGCCAGAAAUCCAAGCUGGAUUCAGAAGGGAAUGUGGAACGAAGGAUAUCAUUGCUGAUGUCAGGUGGAUCCUGGCUGAAAGCAGAGAAUAUCAGAAGGAUGUUUAUCUGUGUUUUAUUGACUAUGCAAAAGCAUUUGACUGUGUAGAUCAUAACAAAUUAUGGAUAACAUUGUGGAGAAUGGGAAUUCCAGAACACUUAAUUGUACUCAUGAGGAAUCUGUAUAUAGAUCUAGAGGCAUUUCGAACAGAACAAGGGGCUACUAUGUGGUUUAAAGUCACGAAAAGUGUGCGUCACGGUUGUAUCCUUUCGCGAUACUUAUUCAAGCUGUAUGCUGAGCAAAUAAUCUGAGAAGCUGGACUAUAUGAAGAAGAACGGGGCAUCAGUAUUGGAGGAAGACUCAUUAACAACCUGUAUUAUGUUGAUGACAACCUUGCUUGCUGAAAUUGAAGAGGACUUGAAGCACUUACUGAUGAAGAACAAAGACCACAGCCUUCAUUAUGGAUUACACCUCAACUUAAAGAAAACAAAAAUCCUCACAACUGGACCAAUAAGCAACAUCUUGAUGAACGGAGAAAAGGUUGAAGUUGUCAAAAGAUUUCAUUUUACUUGGAUCCACAAUCAAUGUCCAUGGAAGCAGCAGACAGGAAGUCAAAAGACACAUUGCAUUGGGCAAAUCUGCUGCAAAAGACCUCUUUAAAGUGUUAAAAAGCAAAGAUGUCACCCUGAAGACUAAGGUGUGUCUGACCCAAGCCGUGGUAUUUUCAGUCACUUCAUAUGCAUGCGAAAGCUGGACAGUUAAUAAGAAGACCAAAGACAAAUUGGCACCUUUGAAUUGUGGUGUUGACGAAAAAUAUUGAAUAUACCAUGGACUGCAGGAAGAACGAACAAAUCUGUCUUAGAAGAAGUAGAGCCAGAAUGCUCCUUAGAAGCAAGGAUGGCGAGACUUUGUCUCACAUACUUUGGAUAUGUUAUCAGGAGCUACCAGUCUGUGGAGAAGAACAUGAUGCUUGUUAAAGUAGAGGGUCAGUGAAAAAGGGGAAGGCCUUCACCAAGAUGGAUUGACACAGUGACUACAACAAUGGGCUCAAGCAUAACAAGGAUUGUGAGGAUGGCGCAAGACUGGGCAGUGUUUUGUUUUGUUGUGCAUAGGGUUGCUAUGAGUCGGAACUGACUGGAAGGCACCUAACAACAACACACCAAUAAGGCUGGAGCACCAAACCCCAUUGUAUCAGAUCGCAUAGAUCAUACAAACAAUGUGACUUAUGGGGAAAACCUUUCCUUCUGGGCAUCUAGAAUUUUGGUAGUUGCUAGGGAGAGGAUGCCUAUGGUGACCAGCCCCCAAUAAAAACCUUGGUGCUAGAUCUCUAACAGGCUUUCCUGGGUGGAAGCAUUGCAUUUGUGUGACUGCAUUUUUCUGCUUUAGAAAGGAAAACGUUCAAUAAGUCGCCUCCUGGAAUGGGUGGGAGAAAACAUAGGAAGCAUGUGCAUGGAUUUCUCUACACUCUGCCUGUGUCUUUUUCCUUUGCUGGUCCUGUUGUAUAUUCUUUCACUGUAAGAAAUCUAAGCCGUGAGUCCAGCUGUAUGCUGAGUCUCAUGAGUGCUUUUAGUGAAUCACUGAACUUGUGGGUGGUCUUGAUACUUGUUUUAUUUAUGCUAUGCCAUCUUCUCCUGAGCUUUAGAGGAAAAAUAUAAAUAAAAGGACUAUUAUAUUUACGUUAAGUAUUUCUGGGUUACAGACAUUAAAAAACAGUUUUUAGUCAUCUUCCUCAAGCAAAGAGAAAGUAGUUUUUGAAAGCCACAGAAAACACUAAGCUCCCUUGUUUAGACCAAAGUAGUGGUUGGAUUUUUUUUCUGAUUUUCACAAUACAGUCUUCCUUCCUUCCCUCGCGCUAUAGAGGCAAGUUGUUUGAGUUGGUUCAUAAGUAAAUAGGCCGUAAACUACACUCCAUUCAAAAGUAACGUCCUUAUGAAAGCAUUUAUUUGUCCACAAAGAGAGCACUGGCUCAUUUCAGAUAUUUUUCUCAGCCUAGAUCAGAAUGCUAAAUAGUGCACAUUGCAUAUUUUGUAUUAAAGACAAUAGUUUGCUGUUUUUUUGAUGGUGCCAUAAAUAUUUCCCUGGGAAAGCACUAUCAAAUAGUAAGACUCUUAGAAGACUGUGUGGGAUCAUAGACCUAAGUAUAAGGGCUAAAACUACAGAAGAAAGCAUAGGAGUAAAUCUUCGUGACCUUGGGUUAGGCAGUCAAAAACACAAGUGACAAAAGAAAAAUAUGUAAGUUGGACUAUAUAAAAAUUUAAAACUUUUGUGCUGUAAACGGUAGUAUCAAGAAAGUAAAAAGAUAUACAUGUAGGAAUUUAGGUAUUUAGAGAUGAUAGAAAUUUGAGGUAAAUUUGUUUGAAUUUAUUUUCUCCAAGUGGCUAAGAGAGCUGCUGAAAGCAACUAAAAAUCUGGUCUUGAUGGAGAUGAUAGAGAAGUGGUUACCUGGUCCUGCUCCGAGUUCAGGAGGCAGCAGGGAGUCCUCUUCGGUCUAUGUUCUACUAUGUAUAUUCUCAACAACAACAAAAAGUAAAAAGACAACUCACAGAAUGGGAGAAAAUAUUUGCUAGUCAUAUAUCUGAUAAGAGGUUUGUAUCCAAAAUAUAUGUGUUAAGAACUUUUACAACUGAACAAUAAAAAGAGAGAUAACUCAAUUAAAAAAUGGGCAAAGGAUUUGAACAGACAUUUUUCCAAAGAAGAUGUACAAAUGGCCAAUAAUCACAAGGAAAAAUGUUUAACAUCAUUAGUCACUGUUGUUAGUUGCCGUGAAUGCAAAUGUAAGCCACAAUGAGAUGUCACUUUACAGCCACUAGGAUGGUUAAAAUAAAAAACAUAGUAACAAGUGUUGACCAGGAUAUGAAGAAAGCAGUCAGGAAGUUCCUCAAAAUGUUCAGCAUGAGUUAAGCAAAAUGGUAAGCAUAUGAGCCAGCAAUUCCACUCAUAGGCAUAUAUCCAAGAGAACUGAAAACAUUCGUCCACACAAAAACCUGUACACAAAUAUUCAUAGCCGCAUUAUUCAUCAUAGCCAAGUAAUAGAAACAACCAAAUAGCUAUCAACUGAUAAAUGGACAAACCAAAUAUGGUAUAUCCAUACAAUGAAAUAUUAUUUGGCAAUAAAAAGAAGUACUGAUACAUGCUACCACAUCAUUGGGACCCUUGAAAACAUGCUGAGUGAAAGAAGCCAGACACAAAAGGCCACAUGUUGUCCGAUUCCAUUUAUAUUUAUAUAAAAUGUCCCAAAUCCGUAGAGACAGAAAGUAGAUCAGUGGGUGGUUAGGAAUCUGGGGAGAAGGAAGUGUAUCAGUCAGGGUUCAGCUAGAGAAACAGUAUCACUAGGAGAUAUGUAUUAAGACAUUUAUUGCAAGGAAUUGUCUUAGGCAAUUGUGGAGGCUGGCUAGGCAAGUCUGAAAUCCAUCAGGAAGGUCAGGCCAGAAUUGUCUGGCACAAGCUGAAGCUGCAGUCCACUGGUGGAAUUUUUUCUGCAGAGCCUCAGUUCUGCUCAUAAGGUGUUUCAACUGUUUGAAUCAGGCCCACUCAGAUUAAAAUCAACUGAUUAUGAAUUUUAAUCACAUCUACAAAAUACCUUCACAACAGCACCUAGAUUAGUGUUUGAUUGAAUAACUGGGAACUGUAGCCUAAUCAACUUGGCUCACAAAACUAGCCACCAUCACAGGGGGGCAAUGGGGAGUAGCUGCUAAUGGAGUUUUUUUAGGGAGGAGGGACAAAAAUGAUGUAAACUUAGAUUAUGAUGAUGGUUACACAACUCUGUCAACAUACAAAAGCCGUUGCAUCAUGCACUUGAAAACAGUGAAUUGUAUAGUAUGUGAAUUAAAUCUCAAUAAAGAUGUUUUUAAAAAAUGACUGUGUCCUGCAUUGCCUGAGCAGCACCCCUGUAAUCUGAGCUCUGUACUGACACCUAGCUCUGUACCAUACAGUAUUGUCUAUAGCCUCUAAAGUGAGAACAAGGGACUUUCUGAGGUAUAAUCAAAAUAUAUUUAGGGAGUUCAAGCGGUAUUGGCUCAAUUGUUUAUCUCUUUAUGGCUAAAUAGUUUCAUUAUUUCUAGGAAGCCAAAGAUAUUUAGAUAUUUAGAGGUGAUCAAAAUUUGAGGCAGAGUUGUUUGGAUUUAUUUUCUCCAAUCAACUAAGAGAGCUGCUGAAAGCAGCUAAAAAUUUGGUCUUGAUGGAGGUGAUAGAGAAGUGAUUGCCUGACCCUCCUCCAAGUUCAGCUGGCAGCAGGAAGUCCUCUUCAGGGAGGCAACACAGAGCCCAGAACCCUGGUACCUGCCUGACUGUGUAUUCUGGGACUCUCUGAUCCCAAUUUUAGACUGUGAGUGGGAAAGAACAGCCCACAAGUUGAAGUGUUCCAUUCCCACUUCCUGUUUUACUCCUUUCUUCUCAGAGCAUCAGGUGCCGGUUUGUCACAGUUGAUAAAUUCACACAGAGGGAGGAGCAACUGAAACUGGUGAGGCCGGGUAAGCUGAGGACCUGCCCCGCCUGAGACACUUUCCUUGGCAUUUGCUGUUCUUCCGAUGAGAAUACUCUUGCCUUACCUCAGUGGUUCUCAACCAGGCAAUUCCGCCCACGUCCCCUGGACAUUUGGCAAUGUCUGGAAACAUGCUUGGUUGUCACAACUUAGGAGCGCAGUGCUGAUGGCAUCUUGUGGAUAGAAGCCAGAGAUGCUGCUAAGCAUCCUUCAAUACACGGGACCCCCAACACACACACAACAAAGAAUUAUUUGACCCAGAAUGUCAAUAGUGCGAGGCUGGCUCCUUGUCAUCCAGGUCUUGACCUAAAUAGACCAUUGGCUAGAUGAGUUCUGACCAGUAUAAGGUACUUUGGUUUUUCUUAUAGUACUAUCACUAUAUUAUGUUUAGUUGUCCAUCUUUUAUCUACACCCCUCCUGCAUACACAAUACACUGAUGACUAAUAUAAAUCUCAAAAGUCUGCAAGAUUGGAGACCCUGUUCCUCCUCUCUGCUCUAUCCCCAGGCCCUCAACAUAGAGCUUGGGACAUAGUGAGAUGCAAUGACUAUUUGUUCCAUUAAUGAAUGAAAAGGAUUUAAAUUGCCUUAACAACUGGACCUCCUCCCUGCUCCCCAGGGCUUGCCAGCUCCUCUUUACUCUCUUAGUCCUGAGGCUUCUGGCCGUUGCUGCCUCCUCCAGCUCUUUCUCCUUCCUGCAGUUGAAGGUGGGGAAGGUGGUAGGAGUGAAACUCAACUGGGGCCCCCUGGGGGAAGCCAAUCUGCAGGGGCCAGGAGAGGUCUUUGGAGUUGUUCUAAUACCAAGUCUGCAUUCAAAAUCCAACUGGAGAAGUGGAGGAGAGGAAGGACUCAUGGGAAGAAAUAAAGUUUAAUGGGGAAGAGUGCGGUGGGUAGGGAGAGUGUGUGGCUGGCCAUUCAAUAAUUUUGACUGGGAAAGAAAGGAACUAAUAUUUAUUGAGCACCAACUAGGUGAAGGGCAAAAGAAUCUCAUUUAAUCCUUGUCAUAAUUCUGGGGUGGGGACACUAAAGUCCAGUGCAAUAAAGUAAUGUAUCCAAGGCCACCCAACUAGGAAGUGGCAGAGAAUGAGAUUUAAAUCAAGGAUUGUCUGAUUCCAAAGCCCAAGCUUCUUGCAAGGAACCAUCAAUCUGCUCGUUUUUCACCAUGUUGUUAAAUACUUUGUGGGAGGCAAGCUAAAAUGGGUUCUGCCCUCAAAAGAACUUCUAAUCCCGUGUGGGGGAUAGACAGGCACACACAUUAACAGGUUAAAAUUGUAACUGGUAUGACUUUUUUACCAGUUUGGAGGUACAAGUGAGGUCACUUACUUAUAAUCAAAUUAAUUGCUCAAAUACCCACAUUCCCAAAUUAGCAGGGAGUCCGGUAUUGCUCUGUCUUUUGAAGCCCCCUACCAAAUUGUAUUCAAGAACCCCAGGAGUUCACUAAGUCUGAAUAGAUCAUCCUAAAUGAAAGAUAGUUAUCAUUACUACCUGUUUGGUACUAAAAAUUAGCCAUUGCAAGUGCUGGAGUGAUGUCCCAAGGUUGCUACUCUUUAUACUUAAAUAGCUCAUUUAUACUCACAGACUCAGCCAUUGUCCAAAGGGAGUUCCAUGCCAAGGUGGUUCCAGCCUCAGGCACAUACUACCAAACCUGCUGUAAAGAUUGGAUUUUCUGAAAGUGGCUAUGGCAGUGUUUCUGGGUCCACAUGUUCUUUUAGAACCUUGCUAUCCCUCCCACCAAAAAGUAGAGUCUAAUUCCCUGCCCCAUUGAAUAUGGCCCAACCUUAGUAACUUCCUUUUAAUGAAUGGGAAUGGCGCAGAAGUGAUGCUGUGUGAAUUCUGAGUUUAGGUCAUAAAAGUCAAUGCAGCUUCCACCUGGUUGUCUCUCUUCCUACGUUUACCCCUGGAACCUUGCCACUAUGCUGUGAGGAGGUCUAAGUCACAUGGAGAGGCCAAGUGUAGAUGUUCUGGCUGACAGCCCCAGCCUUCGUGUGUUCUAGCUGACGCUUGUGGAGCAGUGACAGCCUGUCCCUGCUGUGCCACAAUGGAAUGGAGAACUCACAGAAUCGAUGAGCGUAAUAAAUGGUGGUUUUUCUGCCUUUAAGUUUUGGGGUAAUUUGUUUUGUAGCCAUGUAACUUGAACACCUAACCUCCACUGUGAGAGUUUCAGUUGUGCCAUUGAGAUCACCAGUCCAGAUGCCCCUUCUUCAUUGUAAAGGUUUAGUCAAAGGCCAACUUUUAUGAAUACAUUCUGAUGGCUCCUAGGGAGAAUUCAUCUGCUGCUUCUCUGUUCUGACAGUGUUGCUCAUAUUAAAGCUACUUGUGUCUGCUUCCCGGGUAGACUGUGAGCAAUCUCAGAGGACCAAGCUUAUAGUAUUUUCUCUGUUUACAGGUAAGCUUAGCCUGAUAAGUAGCAAGGCUAACACAACUCCUUAUGUACUCACUGAGUGAACCAUAGAGUUGAAAUCCAAACACCUUGUACAGUAUAUUUUCAGUAGUUUUGUUUAUCUGUAUAUGUACAAGGGUGUGUAUAUAUUUUUUCUUUAAAAACUUUUACUAUAUAAUCUGUUACUUAUGAAUAUCACCAAGAAAAUAUAGGACCCUACCAGAAAUUGAGCCCUGGAAACAGCUUUAGAGAUACCUUGUAGACAGUUUCGUUUCUCCUCGGAAGACUUCACUGAAAGAGCCAAAGGAGAGAAAUCACAUGCACAGAAUGUGAACCACUUCCCUUUCCCAUCAUGUGCUGCUCAGAGCCUUCCAGUUGAAAGUUUAGCCCAUGAUCCUCCCCACAUGCCCCUCCCCUCCCCCUGUGGCUUCCUGCUGCUUUAUCUCUGCCAACAGAAUUCAGAAGGCUUGAGUCUCACCCUCCACACACUUUUUGUGGUAGCUCUGGACUUGGUAACACGUAUUAUGAAGUGGAGUGCUAAAGAUGCCUGACUUCUAGGCUGGAAGGAAAGGCUGCUGAGCCAGGAGCUAGAAGGGCUGGGUUCAUGUCCCAGGUCUGCACCUCACUGGCUGUGUGGCCUUGGCAAGUCAUUUUAUUUCAUGUUCCACUGUCACUCACCCCCACAAUAUCCCCAUGCAUUCUACCUGUUACAAAUGCAUUUUGAAUUCUGUGCUUCUAGAAUGUGUGCACUGCUAUACUUCUGCUCAGGUUAAGACCAGUAGUCAUUCAGUCUCUUCCUGUGAAUUAGUUUAAUCAGAUUGCAAGGGGGUGUUAGACAUUGUUGCUAUAUGGAGAAGGAAGGCAGGCUUAGAAGAGGUCAGGAGUGAAGGAGGUAGAUAGGGCAAGGGGAAUCUUUGGUAAGCACUAUGGCACUGCAUCGACUUUUAGGAGCAGGGGAGAGAAGUCAAGAACUGGGAGACUGCCAGUCAAGUUAAACCACCUUUUAUAUAAGAAUAUAACCAUGACAACAGCCUAAGCUGGGAUGCUUUUGUGAGGUAGAGAACAGGUACCCUUUCUAGACUGAGUUUGAUGUCUUGGUGAGGUUAGUGGGAGGGUCUGAGACCUCUCACCUAGUUUUGUAUCAGAUAGGAUUGGGUUGAGCUGUGAGUAAUAGAAACCCUAAAAAUAGUGGCUAAAUAAGACAUUUAUUCCUCGCAUAAGUUUAGAAGUAAGCAGUCCAGGGUUGAUCUGGCAGCUCCAUAGUCGUAAGACAUCCAGGCUCCUUCUGGCUUUUUACUCUGCCAUCCCUAGGGUAGGAUCCUCAUCCCUAUGGUCUAAAAUGGCUACUGAGGCUCCAGCCAUCACAUCCUAGUUCCAAGUAGCAGAAUGGAAGGAGAAAGGAAGGCACACAUGCCACCUUCUUUCUAAAAGUUCCCAGGAGUUCCACCUAAUUCUUCAGCUAACUCACUAGCUAUAACAUCGUAGCUGCACUGGAGCCUGACAAGUGUAGUCUUUUUAGCUAGGAAGCAAUAUAAAAACCAAAACCAAAAAUGUUGUUGUCAAGUUGAUUCGGACUCAUAGUGACCCUACAGGGCAGAGUAGAACUGCCUUGUAGGGUUUCCAAGGAGUGCCUGGUGGAUUCGAACUGCUGACCUUUUGGUUAGCAGUCAAGCUCUUAACCACCGUGCAACCAGGGCUCCAGGAAGCAAUAUACUAAGCUAAAAAUUAGGAUUCUUUUAAUUUGAGAUUGAAUUGGAGAAUAGAUAUUUGGUAGGCAGCUAAAUAACAGCCUAAAAGCAAAUGGCAGGCAUCAUCGCUAGGAAAUGCAGUUCAUUCAACCACACAUUCUGUUAGCAUCUGUUGAGCAGUCAUAAUGCAGCAACUGCUUUUACUUAAACAUUUUUAACUCAUUUUGACAUGUACCAAAUUAUUUUGUCCUGUUCAUUGAACAGACAUUUACUGAAUCCCAGUAAAUGGCAGACACACAACUGGAGAUGCAAAGAUAAGUUUAACAUAAACUUUUUGAUCUUAAAAAUCUCACAUUUCUACAGAAUGGGAGAAAAGAGUUCAUAGCCAUAUAUCUGAUAACAGUUUAAUAUCCAGAGUCUAUUACAAAUUCCUAUAACUCAACAACAAAAUAGACUAACAGCCCAGUUAAAAAAUAGGCAAAGGAUUACUUCUUAGUUUCCCAAUGCUGCUGUAACAGAAACACCACAAGCGGAUGUCUUUAAAGAAGAGAAAUUAUUUUCUCUCAGGUCUGGAUGCUAAAAGUCUACAUCAGAGUCUUGGCCAUGUUGACUUCUUCCUUGUUGGUAGCCUUGAGCGUUCCUUGGUUCCUUGGCUUGUAGAUGAUCUUCACGUGGUGUCUGUCUUCCCUUGUUUGUGCGUGGUUCUGUGUCUAUAUUGCUUUCUGUGUAACUCAGAAGUGAUUAGGUUUGGGAUCCACACUGGCAUAACCGUGACUGAUUGAGCACAUUACAUUAGAUUACAUUUUGGAAAGUGAUUAUAUUAUGUUAGAUUACAUCCCCAGGUAUGGGGAUUAGGAUUCCAACACAUAUUUUUUGAGGGGACAUAAUUUAAUCCAUAACAGGACUUGAAUAGACAUUUCUCCAAAGUUUUUUUACAAGACAGCAAUUAGACUAAAAAGGAACGUAGGCUGUUAUCAUUGCCUUUUAUUGUCAUCAGUUUCCAUUUUCACCCGCAAGUAGGAGACAGCUAUCCAUAUUAUCAGACUAUUUUAUUUAUUUUUAUUGUGCUUUAAGUGAAAGUUGACAAUUCAAGUCAGUUUCCCAUACAAAAACUUAUACACGUUGUUAUGCGACCCUAGUUGCUCUCCCUGCAAUGUGACAACACACUCCUCCUUUCCACCCUGGAUUUCUCCCGUCUAUUCAGCCAGCUCCUGUCCCUUUCUGCCUUCUCAUCUCACCUCCAGCCAGGAGCAGCUCAUUUAGUCUCGUGUGUCUACUUGAGCUAAGAAGCACACUCUUCACGAGUAUCAUUUUCUGUCUUACAGUCCAGUCUGAUCUUUGUCUGAAGUGUUGGCUUUGGGAAUGGUUUUAGUUCUGGGUUAACAGAGAGUCCGGGGGUUAUGAGACUAUUUUUACUGAAAGUUUUUUUCAUUUCCUAAAUUUGGCCCUUCUCUUACUUUAUCAGUAUCACUUCUGCCGCAUAUAAGACUUGUGCCGCAUUCCUCAAUUCUACAUGCGCAUGUUCUUAAACCAGCUGUGACGCCUGAAGAAGAGGAAAUCUCGGUCAUAUCUUACAGGGGAAGAGGGAGGUCAUGGCGUUUUAGGCAACACUGAGAAUCCAGAAAACGUGGACCAUAGUGUGAAUAUCUAUUGUUUCAUACUGAAGGGAGCUGUUUCCUUGAAAGGGAAAAAGUUUGAUUUAGUGCUAAGAAUAGACUCUAUUGCAAGAGAAACAUCUGCCCAGUGCCUUCAGCUGAGAAAUGAAUUUCAUUAGAGUCACAGUUGUCGUCUGUCGUUCCCAUUGGUUGUUCUGGUUGGGCUGAGAUCUGAUUUUCACUUCAGUUCUCACAGUCGGCA